GAAAAGGAGAGUGAAAAGGAAGAGAGAGAGCCGUCCGUGGAGAAGACGUUUGAGGGGAAGGUCGUGCCAAGGUGGCAGGCACAAGUCACGUUCAGAGCGAUGGUGGUGAGUUUCGUGUUGGCGGUGUUGUUCACGUUCAUCGUCAUGAAGCUUAAUCUAACAACGGGGAUUAUACCGUCGUUGAAUAUAUCGGCGGGGUUGUUAGGGUUCUUCUUCGUGAAGACGUGGACUAAGCUUCUAAGCAAAUCGGGUUGGCUCAAGCAACCGUUCACGCGCCAAGAGAACACCGUCAUUCAAACCUGCGUCGUCGCCUCCAGUGGCAUUGCAUUCAGUGGUGGUUUUGGUAGCUACAUAUUUGGAAUGAGUUCAUCUAUUGCAAAUCAAUCUACUGAAGCUAGCACUGCACGGGAUAUUAAGGACCCGGGUUUGGGAUGGAUGAUAGGAUUUCUAUUUGUUGUUAGCUUUCUUGGCCUCUUUUCUGUGGUUCCACUUCGCAAGAUUAUGAUUGUAGACUUCAAAUUAACAUAUCCUAGUGGUACUGCAACAGCCCAUCUUAUCAACAGUUUCCACACAACAGAGGGUGCCAAACUGGCAAAGAAGCAAGUACGUGCACUGGGAAAGUUCUUCUCCUUUAGCUUCUUGUGGGGUUUCUUCCAGUGGUUUUUCACUGCUGGCGAUGCUUGUGGAUUUGCAAGCUUCCCUACAUUUGGUCUCAAAGCCUACAAAAACCAGUUCUUCUUCGAUUUUUCGGCUACCUAUGUGGGGGUUGGGAUGAUAUGCCCAUAUAUAAUCAAUGUAUCCCUGUUGGUUGGUGGAAUUCUUUCUUGGGGUAUCAUGUGGCCUCUCAUUAAUAAUAGAAAGGGAGACUGGUUCUCUGCAGAGCUCAAACCAAGCAGCUUACACGGCCUUCAAGGUUACAAAGUUUUCAUAGCCAUAGCAAUGAUUCUUGGUGAUGGUCUAUACAACUUUGUUAAAGUUCUUGGCCGCACUCUUAUUGGUUUGUAUGACCAAUGCCGCAAAAACAUGGACAUGGUUCAUGCUUCUGAUGAUCCACAAUCAGAUAUCCCACCAAUUUCAUAUGAUGAUGAGCGUAGAACCGAGAUGUUCCUCAAAGACCAAAUUCCGACCUGGUUUGCUAUUACUGGCUACGUUAUUAUUGCAAUAAUCUCUGUCGUUACCCUUCCCCACAUUUUCCACCAGCUAAGGUGGUAUUAUAUAGUUGUGAUAUACGUUAUUGCACCAGCACUAGCAUUUUGUAAUGCUUACGGGUGUGGACUGACAGAUUGGUCCCUUGCAUCCACCUAUGGAAAAUUGGCCAUAUUCACAAUUGGUGCAUGGGCAGGGGCCUCUCAUGGUGGAGUUCUUGCUGGUUUGGCUGCAUGUGGAGUGAUGAUGAAUAUUGUUUCCACAGCAUCUGAUCUCAUGCAGGACUUCAAAACAGGUUACAUGACACUGGCUUCGCCAAGGUCCAUGUUUGUGAGCCAAAUUAUUGGAACAGCCAUGGGCUGCAUUAUAUCUCCUUGUGUUUUCUGGCUUUUUUACAAGGCCUUUGGCAACCUUGGGCUUCCUGACUCAGCUUACCCUGCCCCUUAUGCUCUUGUUUAUCGUAAUAUGGCAAUACUGGGAGUAGAUGGCUUCUCAGCUCUGCCAAAGUUCUGCCUCACCCUUUGCUAUAUAUUCUUUUUUGGAGCAAUAGCUAUCAAUCUUAUUCGAGAUUUGGUUGGAGAAAAGUGGUCCCAAUUUAUUCCUGUUCCUAUGGCCAUGGCAAUUCCCUUUUAUAUUGGAAGUUAUUUUGCCAUUGAUAUGUGUAUUGGGAGCUUGAUAUUAUUUAUUUGGAGGAAAGUUGACAAGGCUAAGGCUGAUGCAUUUGGACCAGCUGUGGCUUCUGGUUUGAUAUGUGGGGAUGGAAUCUGGACGCUUCCUAGCUCAUUUCUGGCUCUGGGAGGAGUGAAGCCACCCAUCUGCAUGAAAUUUUUGUCCAGCAGGCAAAAUGCAAAGGUCGAUGCAUUCUUAGGAUCUUGA